AUGGUGACAUACAUGAUUGUUUUGCUGACGUCAUCUGGACCAAAACAUGCACGCGCCUUAGCUGUGAUCGAUUGGAAGGAUUCAAAGUUCGAAAAGGACAUGCUUUAUGAAGACAUUUACGCUCCUCAAUGGAUUGAUUUCUCCAAUCAUGAUGCUCCUGUUGAUGAUGAAGCUUGGUUCUACCGCCCUGAUUGUGAUCAUCCAAAGACGGUGGAAGAUUUCUUCAGGCAAAGAACCCCCAAUUCCGCAAAGCUUCCUAGAUCGGUUAGCGUUUCUGAGAUCCCUGAAUUUAGUGAUCGAAAUCGCAGAGAUGCAGCAUUGAAGAAUUGCCAUCCAAGAAAUUUGAAGAAAUGGGACUUACUAUAUAGUUAUCAUCUUAAUCAGGUGAAUGGGGUUGUUAGUUUUAUUUGUUUAGUGUUGAUAUUAAAUCUCCAAUUUUUCUCCUCUGAUCACCAGUGCUUCCUAAAAUCAAGAAUGGAGGAUAACUCGGCCAAUCAAAACAAUCAGCAACAACAGCCACCUAAUUCUAAAAUGGUUCUUCAUAAUAUUGAAAAUAGUGUAGUGACCGAGCCUAUUGUCAUCAAACGUCGCAAGCAAGUUGUGAAACUGUCUUACAUACUGGUCAUGUUUUUCGGCUACACAACCUCUUUCGAUACACAAUUUUCAUUCGGAUUCAACAACUGAAAGAUCUAGUAUGCUUAAUAGUCAUAUUAAAAUGAUAUUACUAAUUAACAUAUGAUACUAAUAGAUCACAUUAACAACGUG